AACAAACCGGAAACGCUCUGCAUCGCCGCCAGCAAACAAAAUGACAGUAGCCGUCCCGUCUUCGUCGAAGUCCGAGGUCAUACUGCCCUCCAGGAAACAGGCCGGUAACCUGCUCAGCGCAGGUACGAAGCGUACGGUAUCACAGCGACAGGAGGGAGAAGACGAGACUGCGGAGCUCGAGCGCGAAGGGCCUGACGUGAAGUACACCGCGGCAGGCUCUCAUGUUAAUGCAGCACUCGAGAUUCUGGCAGGCGAUGAGGCAGAGGAGUUGCUAAAAAAGAAGCAGAAAAAGUCGGACAGUGAUGAUGAGGAAGCACCAGACGAUGGCUUGUACCGAGGGCAGAAAGCAUAUCAGAAGCACGUACAGAAGAACAAGGAGGUGCCAAAGGCGAUGCGUGUCGGACCACAACGAGCGAGUGGCAGCACGAUACGUACGGUCACCAUUGUCGACUACCAGCCUGACGUCUGCAAAGACUACAAGGAGACGGGGUAUUGCGGGUUCGGCGACACUUGCAAAUUCUUGCAUGAUCGUGGAACAUAUCUCGCUGGUUGGCAGCUCGACAAGCUCGCCGCGGACCCUCAGCGGCAAGUGGACGACGAGUCCGACGAUGACUCAAGCGAUGAAGACAUCCCAUUUGCAUGUCUCAUCUGCCGAAAGCCAUUUACGGAUCCCGUAGUCACUCGCUGUGGCCACUUCUUCGACUCUGCGUGUGCGAUUAAGCGCUUUGCGAAGACACCAAAGUGCGCAGCAUGCGGAGCACCGACGGGCGGUAUAUUCAAUCGCGCGGACAAGGUAAUAGAGAAGAUGAAGAAGACGCGCGAAGAGAAUGAGGGGACGGAGGGGAACGAUGGCGGAGAUGGUAAGGCCGGCGGUGUUGAGAUCGAAGGCUUGGAAAAGCGCAGUGAUGACGAAGAUGAAGCUUCAGACGAUGAAUAACUGCGCUCUUCUCAUGCUGUUUCGCUUUUAUCAAUGCUUCGUUCACAGUGGUUCAUGUACGGGCUGUCCCCCUAAUAACCGCGGCUGACUCCGUCGCAAGCUUUUGCUCCUCCGCAUGUUGUGUAAACUCAGAUAGCAUUCGAGGGACGUGCACUUUAUCGCCAGCAUACGAACGGCCUUGCUACAAGCUUUCCAUUAGCCAAUCUCGCAUGUAGGUUUUCAUAGCAGUCGAUUUGAUCCUCUAAGCGAUGCUUCAGUGUUCCUGCGUAAUUCCCGACGAUCAAGAAGUAAGGCGGAGCAUGCAGAAAACUUCUCUCACGCAUGAUACUAAAUGGGGCCUUUCGCAUUCAUCCUGGCAGCCCUGUCCGGAUGGUUAAACCC